UCAAUAUAUUGUUACUAUGUAUUGCAGGAACACGACCUAUGAUUACCUGGUCAAGGCGAGCUACCCAGGCCACAAUGUUGUUAUGGAGGUGAUUGAUUGUGCUAUGGAACAUGAUAAGAACGGCGACUGCUUGUACGAUAAGCUGAGGAUAUACGAUGGGAACAGCAGCUCGGAUCCCAUGAUAGCAGUGUUCUGCUGUGCUGAUCGGGCAAACCUCCCGACCUUCUCCGCAACUGGCAACACGGCAUAUCUUCUCUUCACUUCAGACGAGACAAAUGAGUUCAAAGGCUUCGAAAUCCGGGCCCGUUCAAACGGGGCAACAACUACGACUUAGACAACAACAAGUACCACCAGCACAA